ACCGAAACGGAAGCCAAAAACCCUACCACUCUGAAGUUUAAACUUCCCGAUUAGAGCAAAGAAAAACUCUCUGAAGCUGAUAGAGAUGGCACGAGCGGCUCUCUUUCACCUGCUCCGAUCCCAAUCCAGGCAGCUUGCUUCAAGAAGCGUCCAUUCAGGUUUUCCUCAUAGAUUUGGAGCAUGGUCAUACACCCAGGGCAUCAAGCCCAACUUUGAUUCCCCUGUUAAGGUUUUUGCUUCCCAGAAAAGAUGGGCAUCUCCAGCCACUGCAGCAGAAGAUGACAGCAAAAUCAGCAUUGGUCCUCAUAGAGGUGGAGAAGAUGGGAGAGAUGAGAAGGACACGGGGAUUGUUUACUAUGGGCCUAUCUCAUCCACCAUUAAAAAAGUGAAGCUGCUCUCUCUUUCAACUUGCUGUCUCUCUGUAUCAUUAGGUCCUGUCAUAACCUUCAUGACGUCUCCAGAUAUGAACGUGAUUCUCAAAGGUGCAGUGGCAUCUUCUGUGAUAUUCAUAAGUGCUACAACCACAGCUGCUCUUCACUGGUUUGUUAGCCCCUACAUUCACAAGCUCAGAUGGCAGCCCGGUUCAGACAGCUUUGAGGUGGAGAUGAUGUCAUGGCUGGCAACAUACAUUCCUCGGACCAUCAAGUUUGCUGACAUCCGGCCACCAGAGACCAACAGGCCGUUUGUGACAUUCAAAGCCAAUGGAAAUUUCUACUUCGUGGAUGUUGAGCAUUGCCAUAACAAGGCAUUGUUGGCAAGACUCACGCCGCGGAAACAUGAGUCAGCUUUGAAGAACUUGUGAUUAGAAACACUGCUUUUUAUAUGAAUAACUUUAUCUUCAAAGUUGUAAGAUUGUGAUAAGCCUGGCCUUGAGUAUUUCAAGCCUUCUUAGGCAUUUCUUCUAGUUUAGUGAUUACUUAAAACCAAAGUGUUUUGAUCUGAAUUUUUUUUAUUUUACAUAUCAAGUUUCCUUCAUUUGAAAUUAUAGAAUUUAUAGUCAAAUUGGCUUCCUCGAGUGUAAUAACAGUGCCAUUUACUU